AUGUCUGAACCCACAACUACAACAAGAUCGAAGUCGAAAAUGACAAGUUUAAAUUCUGCAACUACUUUUAUAGAGUUUCUCAAAACUAUAGGUUAUCCCAACGCUUCAGAAUUACUCCCUGAACAACUAUUAUGGGCUACUGAACAGCCCUCAGCACGCGUCUUAUUAGACUGGUUAUGUCAGUCCGUUGACCCUGACAAGAAUGUAGUAAAUAAAGUAGAGGAAGAUUCAAUGAUAUUGAAACAGAUUGAAUCUCUUGAAGCCCAACUCAAUCCCUUAAGUAAACAUCAUGAUUCAUUACUAAGUCAAAAGAAUCAACUGAAAUUAACAUUGAAUAGUCUGGAAAAAGAGCUAGAAAAUUUUCAGAAAAUCAAUUUAGAUCUGGAUGACAAAAAUCGUGAAGUAAACCAAACUAUUGAACAAGAUUCAAUUAAGCUGGACUUGAACAUGGCUGACACAGUUAAUGCCGUAAAAGAAAUUGUAAUGGAUCGUAAAAUCCAAAAUGGAAAAGAAUUCCUGGAACAUGAACAAAUUUUUGGCAAAGAAUUGGAACAACAUUGUCAAAAUCUUUAUUUGCCGUGUCAACAAGAUUUAUCCAAUGGAGUUGAUUUGAUUGAAGAGAUCACAAGAUUAAAGUCCAUGUAUCCUGUUACUGAGCAAAAAUUUACAAAGGCUGCUUUAGAACACGAACGUUUACUCGCAUAUUUGAAUAUUCUACAAAAUGAAAUUCUCCGUAUUGACGCUUAUAAUCCAGAUUUUGAAAUUCUUCGUUCUAAGCAUCAACAAAAUCUCAAAUUAAUAGAAUCCAUCAACGAACAAGCCACAGAUACUCUACUGAGAAUUGAAGAAUAUUUGUGUGUACUAGCCGAGAUACAAAUUCAGAAUCCGAUUUUGAUUGCUGAUAAUCAGACAAAAUCCGCACUUCAAAUGACCAUGAACGAGAAUUUGGAACAU